CAUAAAGGACUUGAUCCAUGAUUCCUUUUAAAUUUAUCAUUUUAGGCAAAGCAACGUUCUACGUGUCUUCCCUUAAGGGAAAUGAUUUUAGAAUAUCCACAAGACCUUCUGAAGACUAUCUGUAUUCCGAUGAAUUCCGAUUCACUAACGCACAUCCACAAGGAAAUCCGACAGAAAAGCCCUAUUUCGUCUACCCCAAAGCAUUAAAAGGAAAGAGCUUCGUUAACACAAAGCUAGAUAUUUCUAACUAUAAUAACUAUCCCUUGGAUGUUGCUGUCCUCAGUCACAAGGAGUUUUCACAGAAUUGCAGUAAGAUUAUCUUCAGAAGCAGAGAUAGAUUUGGGCCUACGAUUACUCUUGAAGAUCACAGGUUUAUGGACUGCUGCAAAAGCAACACGGGUUUCUCUUUUUAUGCCAGCAAUGUUAGUGAAAUAGGUAGCCAUUCUAUUUCUGGAUGUUUGCCUGGCUGGUACAAACUAGGAAAAUCAUGUUUCAUGUUUUAUUUCCAAUCAUCUAAGCAGUGGCAGUGUGCCCGGAACUUAUGUCACAAGCAGACGAGCGAAAUCGCUAUAGUCAACAGUGCAGAGCAAUUAAAGGCCCUUGCAGAUCAGCGGAAACAACUCAAGCAAGAAUACCGCGGUCUUACCCUUGGAAUUGAUAGCAAGCUACGUUGGGUUUGGAUAGAUGGUGAUAAUGCAACGAGUAAUAUAAAUCUAUGGGGCCCGACGGAACCGAGCGGUGAUGGUAUGUGUGGAGCCUUCUUAAAUGCAAUUGGUUGGAGUUCAAACUGGGCUGGAUACGGAUGGCGCUGGAACAAUCUACCCUGCACGAGCCGUACAGGAUUUAUUUGCGAAGAACCGUUAGAUGUCCCCCUGCCCGUCGCUCUUUUUUCCACGCGUCGCAGCGAUAGAGUUGCUGACCAUAGUCCAAAUGGAGCCACCGAAGCAGUUUCCAAUAACAUCAUGCUAGCGACAGGUCCCUUUGGUGAUCCAGUUGGCUCCUUUCUUAUCAACGGUUUUAAUAACAGCUAUGUGGAAGUUGAAAAUGGGGGAGAACUUGAUACAAGGUUUUCGGUGAGUGUUUUUGCAUGGGUGCGCCCUGACGCCUCUGGCACUCGUGCUGGUCUGAUAUAUGACUAUGGUUGCUCGAUGGGGUAUUUUCCUUCGACCUUUGGACUUGAAAUUCGUUAUAUGGUCAGGGAUCGUUCUAAGACUCACAUAUUAGGUAUAGAAGGUGUUAUCAAAGUAAACGCGUGGAAUUUUGUGGGGACCACGUACGAUAUUCACGCUGGCGUUGCGUCUGUGUGGGUGAAUGAGAGCAUGAUUAUGAACAAGUCUAUUGGAACCAACGUGGAAUUGGCAACUCAAGGAAAUCUUACCAUAGGAGCGUCUAACAAGCAUGAGAUGCAAUUUUAUGGAAAAGUUUCCUGCUUGCAGUUCUACGAUCAAGCAUUGUCCGUGGAUCAAAUUAUGAAGAUAAAAACAAGAUGCAAUCAAUCCAUCUCACCAGCGACUUCACCAGAUCACGCAAGAGUGGGAUGUUAUAGAGACAAAAACAAUCAUGCAAUUCCAACAUUAGAAGGAGCUGACCCCUUAUUGGUCGGUGCUUACCUGAACCGUGAAAACGCGAUCGAAAAGUGUGCCCUCGCAGCUCACAAAAGGGGCUUUCGCAUGUUUGCAGUUCAGAAUGGUGGAUGGUGUGCAGCUAGUGUCUCAGCAGAAAAAACGUUCAACAAAUAUGGCCAGAGCACUUAUUGUCGCAGCGAUGGCGAAGGAGGACCUUGGUCAAACGAUGUUUACAUUAUUAAAGGAGUCAAAUCCCUGGUGGCAAGCAGCCCUUGACAAACCGCUGUAUGUCGUUUCUGUUUCAAUUACUGACAAAACCGAUUGCUGUCCAAGAGACUAUGGAAUCAUCAGUAUAGGUGUGUCAUCCAGUAAAACUGGAUUGUCUCCAACAUGUUACAAAUCGAUGGCAUAUGAUGGAACAACACAGGAAUUCAUAUUUCAUUGCUCACCACCCGCGCUCGGAAAUCAAGUGAAAAUAACGUUGACGGGUGAUAAUGUCACACUAGUUCUCUGCCAUAUCGUCGUGGAAACAAUUGAGUCGACAAGAGAGGUACACGGAGUUUUGCGAGAAGGAUGGUACAAUAAACAUCAAUAUGACUCCAAAAAGGCGACAUCUAUGCGUGAGCAUCCUCUUAUCGAAGGUGCACCUGAAAGCCGAAUUAUUUUGCGAGAUUUUAAUGCGCCAAUAAAUCUGGCAGAGAACUAUGUUCAACGACUGACCAGCUACCUACAGGUUCCUCUGAGCGGAAAUUACACAUUUUAUGUGGCUUCCCACGAUAUGUGCGAGUUAUGGAAGCACGAUGUUACAGAGAAAGGCAUCGAAAGAGUUGGAAAAGAAUCUGGGAAAAGUGUAACGGCCCAACCAAUUAUCUAUCUUAAGAGAUGGACUAGCUAUCUUCAAUGGGACAAGUACCCAGAGCAAACGUCUCAGCCAAUUGUCCUUGACAAGUGUCGCUUUCAUCGAAUGGUGAUCUUCGGAAGAGAAAAAGGUGGCAACGACCACAUAUCUGUGGGUAUGCGUAAACCCAAUGGAGAAUAUGAACGGCCCAUUACAGGAGAAAGACUGUUUUGGACCAAACCGGGAACGCGUAAUUUAGAAAUGACACUUAAGAAUCACGAAACAUCGAUCUCUGCCUUCGUUGGGUCUCACUUACUUGUAACAGGAUAUUACAAGUUUUGCUGUGAGGGAGUCUAUUGUCCUGGUUGCCCACUGGAACUGAACAUCUCGGCCCUUGGACAAAAUGUAACAGUGAACUCAGCAGUGAGCCUGUCCUGUGUUAACACAUCAUUUGAGGCAGUUUUUAACACGAUUAGUCAACCUGGAAAUUUUACUGUGCAAGUGAGUAGCUUUCAGUUAAGUAGCUGUCAUUAUUUAAGUUAA